ACACACUCAGCCAAGGUGGUGCACCAUGGCUUUUGCCAACUGGUGCCUGAGGAAAACACAUGGAUUUGCAUGUAGGAGCACGUGAGCAUCACCGCCCUAAUACCAGACAAACCACAGGUGUCCUUCUCAAUUACUGACACUGAUCUAAUAGAAAAGAAAGAAAAGUUUAAGCACAGCCUGAAAGGAGGAGGGGAGGCACAAAGAAAAGGGAAGUACCUUGGGGCAAGGUGAAGAAGAUCAGCAAAAGAACAGUGGAACAGAAGGUGCCGUGGAAUGCUCCACCAUGAAGCUGAACUUCAUGCUUGCCUUGAUUCUCCUCAUUUACCCAUUCAGAGCCAUCGGAGGGAGAGCUCAGCGCAGGCAGAGACAGGCUGAGGAGAGGCUAGCUCCAUACAUUGGCAGAGUGAACCCAGAAAAGCUUUGUGAGCUGCUCAAAUGCCACAGUCCUGUGGGAUCCUGGUGCCAGGUGGUUCAGGAAAAAGGAAUUCUUAAACCGAAGUGUGUUUGUCCACAGUUGUGCCCACGGCAGAGGGCACCAGUCUGCAGUGUUCUUGGAAAGACCUACAGGAAUGAGUGCUUGCUUCACAAAGAAGCCUGUAGGAAGAGGAAACGCACUGGGGUGGCUCAUACAGGACCCUGUCUUGUCCCCAAAAGCAAAUGUACUGAGGAAGAGUUAGGCCAGUUUCCAUACCGUCUCCUGGACUGGUUUCUUCUCCUGAGGCGAAUGGGGCAGUCCUCUACACCCACAGCUCUGCCACAAACCUGUCUCAGCCAUGCCCAGAGGACUCAACUGGCAAAGGAAAGGUUUACGUUACUGGACAAGAACAAGGAUGGAAAAUUGAGCUGGAGGGACUUAAAGAAGCUAUAUUACAAGAAGAUGCCUUUGGAACACUGUGCUACACCCUUUUUCAUGUCUUGUGAUCGCAACAACAACAAGAGGGUAACUGUGAGAGAGUGGACAUCUUGUCUGGUGGAUCGUUCUGAGACUUGGUUUUAUCAUUUCAUGUCUAUGAAAAUGGGGUCCCACCUGCUGUGUCCUACAGUCAAACACGAACUCCUGCAUCGCUUUUGAACUUGCAUCAUUACAGCUAGAAACAACGGGAUCUCCACAAACAAUGCUCACUUAUCCCUUUCUCUGCUUGUCAUAUGGUGAUUCAUCACAAAAACAUUAUUUGCUGUCAGCUCAUGGCAUGUAUGGCCUAAAUUCCCAAACAUGCCUUCUCUGCCAAUUACAUUUACUGCUAAUUGAUUUUGCUGACAUUUGCACAAUUGUGUUGUAAAAGAGAGAAGACAAUGGGUACCAAUGAAACCAAAUGAACACGGCAUGCUUUGAAUAACCAAUUACAAGGAGGGGCGGCUGCACAAAAAGACAUGCAAAGCUAGAUGGAAGAUG